ACAAUGGUUGCCAGGCAACAAGGACUCCUCUCUGGAAGGAGCCAGGUGCAGGCACGAGAGGGGCUGAAGGCAGCCCAGGCAGAGCUGAGGCGCGAUGACAGCUACUCAGAAGCACAACCUCUUCCCACCGGAACCUCACUACAUCCCUGGCUAUGCCGGCUUCUACCCGCAGCUGCGCUACCAGGUGGGGAACACCUAUGGGCGCACCACGGCGCAGCUGCUCGCGGACGCCAGCGUGCCGAAGAGCCCGUGCUCCGUGCUGUCCCCCAUAGCCAAGCCCAAGUCCAUCGAGGACUUCAGCAAGUCCCAGCCACCUUUUACGCCCUGCCGUGAACUGACAGAGCCCUACGUCUGCCAGUACACCAGUCUGAAGCCCUACAAGAACUGUGAGAUCCUGGGCCGGUUCCCACCCCAGGAGGUGGAUGCCCAGGGGCCGCCGGGAGGAGAGAAUGUAUCCAGGCAAGUCCCACUGCCUGCAGGCUUCGUGCCCUACCCCCUCUACUCUCCCUGCCCACCGGGCAGGAAGGGGGACUCCAGGGACCUUGGACACCCGGGCCUGCGGUUGGCAUUAGGGGAAGAGGCCUGGAUGAGCGCCACCUCUGCCCGUGAGGCCCCCACGCAGUACCAGCUGUGCCCCUGCAUGAGGGAAGACUGCCUGGCCCCAGCCCACCAGCGGGAGACACUACGUGUGGGCUGCUUCCACAGGCCGCCCCAGAUGGACCACCCCGACCUGAUCCAGCGCAAGGCCAUCUCAGGUGGGUGCCUGGGGCCUGGGCACGACACGCACCCGCAAGGCUCCAAGGGUCCAGGCAGGACCUGGGGAGAGCAAGUGAGGCUGCCCAAGGGCCCUCCCCGAGACUGGGAGCUCCUGCUGACCCAUUCCUGUCUGUUUAGGGGGAGAGAGGAGCCCAGACAGACUUCCCUAACCCCCCGGGAGCAGGUGCGAAUGCCCGGGCGGGGGAAGAUGGGCAUGAUUGGGAACGGGGCCCUGGCUCCUCCUUCCCCAGGUUAUGCUGGCUUUGUCCCUCGCUUUGCCUGGGUGAUAGGGAUGAAUUUUCGCGAUGGGGUCGCACAGGCCACAGAUGAGUUUGACAAGAGCCAGUUCCUGCUCAGAAAUCCCUUCCGUGCCCCGGGCGAGAGGCUGCCCAGAACGCAGUGGCCUAACACCACCAUCUACAGAAGCCAAGGUCUGAUACCUUUCUACAUGGGGUUCAUACCAGCCAUGCAGGACAACUACGCACUGACGUUUGGCAACAGCACCCGCAAGGCCUGUCAGAAGGAACUGGAGAGGCGCAGCCAGACACUAUGAAAACGCUUUAAUGGUGGUACCUGUACAGCAUGUGAUGUCGAGACAAGAAGAACAAA